AUGCAACUGUGCAAAGUGAUGAUGGUGACGAGGAUGCUGCUGCUGCUGGAGGUGAUGAUGACGAUGAUGAUGAUGCUGAGGAAGACGGUGAUGAUGAGGACAGUGAAGAAAAAUGAUGAUGAUGAUGGUCCCAGCGCCCUGCUACCUGUCCGUGGGUGUGGGGAGCUGGCACUGGGCUCAGGGUGCGGCCUCUCCCGUGAAGGGUGCACCUUCACGGCCCGGGCCGCCGGCUUCCUUCGCAGUUCGCGGCGCUCCCACGGGGCCUUCACCGGCUCCGAAGGACUCGAUCCCCGACACGCGCCGAGCGCGCAGCCCAGCCUGGUCCGGGACUUCCUCCCUCCCCCCCGCCAGGCCCUCCAGUUGCUUGUACCCUUCCCACACUCCAUUCCCGGCCGCUCUUGGAAGAGCCAGCGAAAGAGCCGGCUCCCGGAGUCCCUGGAAGUCCAAGCCCCGGGGGCGGCCGCCGGCUCCGUACCGCUCGUUCCAAGGGUGCCGGGUGAGGGCGGUGCCCAGACGGGAGGAGACAGACAGGCGGCCGGAGCAGGGACAGACACGGGGACAGGCAGUAACAGAGUGGAAGCGACAGAACGGCUGUCUCUCGGCACCGCGAGGGAUGAGCAAGUGGCCUGCGACCAGAAGCGAGCGCCACAGCGCCCCGGGCGCCCAAAGAGCGAGCGCAACGGCCCCCAGCGGGCGCAGCUGGAACGCCGCUGGGACAGCCUGGUGGCGCGCUCGCUUGCGCGGCUGCCCGCGGCCGCGCGGCCCAAGGAGGCGGCGGUGCAGAGCGGCGCCGGCGACUACUUACUGGGCAUCAAACGGCUGCGACGGCUCUACUGCAACGUGGGCAUCGGCUUCCACCUCCAGGUGCUGCCCGACGGCCGCAUCGGCGGCGUGCACGCCGACACCGGCGACAGCCUGCUGGAGCUAUCGCCCGUGGAGCGGGGCGUGGUGAGCAUCCUCGGCGUCUCCAGCCGUUUCUUCGUGGCCAUGAACAGCAAGGGCAAGCUGUAUGGUUCCCCUUUCUUCACGGAGGAGUGCACGUUUAAGGAAAUUCUCCUUCCUAACAACUACAAUGCCUACGAGUCCCACAAAUCCCCGGGCAUGUUCAUCGCCCUGAGUAAGAACGGGAAGACCAAGAAGGGGAACCGAGUGUCCCCCACCAUGAAGGUCACCCACUUCCUCCCCAGGCUGUGA